AUGGUGCAACUGGAGCACGGCACGAAGCUCGAUGUACACGGUACCAUGGAAAUUUCACAAUCGUCAUCCGACGACACGGUCGAAAAUGCACUUGACACAAUCGCAGAGAAAACAGAACGCAGUGAAUCAUGGAACUGGGAUGAUGAUCCGAGCAAUCCUUACAACUGGCCGACAAGUCAAAAAGUGCUGCAAGUGAUGAUGAUUGGUUGGGCGGCUUUCACAACAACUGUUGGAGUAUCUAUACUAUCACCUGCUCACACCCAGUUCAUGGAAGAGUUUGGGGUUGGCAGUACGGUCGCUAUCCUACCCUUGUCACUCUACGUCUUCGCCUUGGCCCUUGGCCCUAUCGUUGGAGGACCUCUCUCUGAAACUGUCGGGAGAUACCCAGUCUACAUAGGGUCUAUUGGUCUGGGCACUUUAUUUACUCUAGGUGUAGGAUUUUGUCCCACAUUUUCUGGACUCUGUGUUUUACGUUUCUUGGCUGGUUUCUGCUACGCACCGACUCUAGCAAUUGCAGCCGGAACUCUCAAUGAGACGUUCAAGCCCGUUCAACGCGCCCUUCCCUCGGCUAUUUUUAUUCUUACGCCUUUCUUGGGUCCUGGUCUAGGGCCUGUCAUUGGAAGUUUCGUUGUCAAUCGGAAAGGCUGGCGUUGGACGCAGUGGACAACGAUCUUCUUUGCUAUCCUCACUGGUAUCACAAUUCUCAUUGCCAAAGAAACCUUUCACCCUAUCAUCAAACGUCGUCGCGCCAAUGAACUCGGAUUAGAACUUCCCCCAUCACCCCCCUCUCUUCGAAGUUACGCCUAUUUGUAA